AUGGAUGUCCUUGAGAGUUUGUUGUUGGUCCAGGUCAAGAAGUUUGGCAAAAAACUGAUCAACGUCUUUGACAAGCGCGAGCUCGAGCUACCAAUCGGGGGGAUGUUGAACAUCGACAUGGACGACUGGAUCAAACACACCAAUUAUUGGGGAUAUCAGCCCGACGAACAAGUCAUCAAGUGGUUCUGGCAAGCCUCCGCGCCUGGCCUGCCGAGAAAAAAUCCCGCUUGCUCCAUUUCACCACUGUUAGGUACAUCUAGGAUCCCCGUUAACGGGUUCCAAGAUCUCCAAGGAUCUGAUGGCCCUCGUCGAUUCACGAUCAAGAAAGCAGGUGAAAUCACCCAGUUGCCUAAGUCACAUACAUGCUUCAGCAGGUUCGACUUGCCCCGCUAUCCCACCUCCAACAAGGUGGUACUCCUAGCUGCCCAGUUUGCCGAGCCAGACUCCCCCGGCCCGUCAUCUGUUCCUCCAGGCACAGACUUGGGUGCCUCAGUCCCAUCUCCAGCCCCUGACACCCCCUUGGAUGUCAUAAAGAGUGUUUUUAAGACUUGUGAGAUUCCCUCUCCUCUAAUCCUAGCGACUUGGCAAUCUUUAACCCUUACCGGAAAACUGAUUGGAAUGGCUUUUAGAUGGGUCUGCUCGACCCUCAUCCCCAAACCCAGCUGCGAAGAGGAUGCGAUUGUCUUUGGCAAUCACUCGGCAAUCCGAAGGCCUUCGAGCCCCGGGGCUGCCUCCUCCAAUGGAAGAGAGCCGGUUAAAAUCAUCUUCAUGCCCCCGGCUGGCAAUGCCUCUACUGCUGACUCUGGCUCAACUCUUCUCAGCCCAUUGGAAGUCUGUGAAAAUCAGGUGCCCAUGAGGACAUGCGAUCUAACCCCCGGAGCCAAUCAUCAAGUCACCACCGGGAGCGCCCCUGCCCUUGACGCUGCCAAUCCCCUCGAGCCAGCCCCUACUCAUUCCCAGUCUACUCUGGCCGCAUCCCAGAGCCGCGCAAGUGAUCCACAGGCCGCUUGCGACGCCUCAAGAAAGAAGAAGCUUGAUGAGCCGAUGACAGGCAUUGAGGUGUUCAGGCGUCCAAUCAGCAAAAAGGGCCUGCUCCGCAACAUCGACCAACUGGAGAUCCUGAAAGACGAGAUGGAGCUCAAUGAGGGUCUGGCGCAUAUCGCAAGGAAAGCUGUCGAUAAUUCCCCUCUCUUCCUUCCAAUAGCCAAGGAGGUCAUUGCCUACCGAGUCAAGAAUUGCUUUGAUAAUGGCGGUUUCAGGGUCGGCACUUUCAAGCUCAAAAGGAGUUCUCCGGAGUUGCUGGCCCUCUUUGAGGCAGCUAACACCAAGGAGUUUGCAUCAGUCAUCCGCUGCAGCCCCCGCCUCACCCAGAUCGAUGGUGAUGAUGUUUUUUUUAGCAACAAGGACUUGAUCGACUUCGACUCAAUUGCAGAGCUCGCAAAGGCAAAGAAAAACCCGGAAAUUGACGCUUCGUGGCGCUCGCUUAUUGCCCUCAUGCAAAGGUCGAAAACCUCUGAGAAUGAGGAGUACAGUCCCCAGGAACAAGGCAUGAAACUAUCAGUCGGCAAGGUCCAUACACUACUUCAAUCCUGUAUCGGUCAGAUUGCUAGCGGUUGCAAACCUGUGGUAGAGGCUGCUCCUUCCGCGGACGACACGAUUGCCGGCGGCCUCAAGAUCAUGUGUGAGAAAGCGUCCCACUUCAGGGCUGGUGCUCAAGGAACCUCGAAUCACCGUGGUAAUGGUCUCCAUUUUCUGCAAGAGCGAGUUUGGGAGUCUCUGAUUGCGCUCAUAUUGAUGGAUUACUCGGUUGAAAAAUCCGGAAGCAAAUGA